AGAGACCCCCGAACCCGGGGGGCGCUGCUGGAGCUCGCCCCCUCCCCUCUUUUCCAGACUGGGUGUGGCCGGAGGCGCUGCUGGAACCGAAAGCCGGGAGGUCCCGAGGGGGCCGCGACCCCCCGGGACGGACUCGGGACCCCCGGGAUGGGCCGAGGGACCCCCGGGAUGGACCGAGGGACCCCCGGGAUGGGCCGAGGAACCCCCUGGGAUUUAGCCGGGACCCCCCAGGAUGGAUCCAGGAGCCCCCAGGAUGGACGCGACCCCCCCAGAAUGGACAGGGACCCCCCAGGAUGGACACGGAGUCACCCGGGGGGGAACGGGAGCCACCGGGACAGCUCCGGGACCCCCCGGGAAAGCUCCGGGACCCCCCGGGACAGCUCCGGGACCCCCCGGGAAAGCUCCGGGACCCCUCGGGACGGGAACGGGAUCCACCGGGGAAGCUCCGGGACCCCUCGGGAAAGCUCCGGGACCCCCCGGGAGGGGCAGGGGACCCCUCGGGACAGCUCCGGGAUCCCCCGGGACAGCUCCGGGACCCCUCGGGAUGGGCACGGGACCCCCCGGGACAGCCCCGGGACCCCCCGGGACACCUCCGGGACCCCCCGGGGAAGCUCCGGGACUCCCUGGGGAAGCUCCAAGACCCCCCAGAACAGCCCCGGGACCCCUCGGGAAAGCUCCGGGACCCCCUGGGACACCUCCGGGACCCCCCGGGACACCUCCGGGACCCCUCGGGAAAGCUCCGGGACCCCCCGGGACACCUCCGGGACCCCUCGGGAAAGCUCUGGGACCCCCCAGAACAGCCCCGGGACCCCUCGGGAAAGCUCCGGGACCCCCUGGGACACCUCCGGGACUCCUCGGGACACCUCCGGGACCCCCUGGGACAGCCCCGGGACCCCUCGGGAUGGGCACGGGACCCCUCGGGAUGGGCACGGGACCCCUCGGGACAGCCCCGGGACCCCUCGGGACACCUCCGGGACUCCCCGGGGAAGCUCCGGGACCUCUCGGGACAGCCCCGGGACCUCCCGGGAAAACUCCGGGACCCCCCGGAGAAGCUCCGGGACCCCUCGGCACGGUCACGACCCCUCCCGGACGCCCCCCGAGCCCCCCGGGAGGCGGAGCAGCGGCACCGAGCCAUCGUCUCCUGGUU